UUCGCGCUUGUGCUAUUUAAUAUCUCUCCGAAAUAAAUUUCCCUUAAAACAAAUCUAAUAACCAGUCAUCAAAUAAAACGCAAAUUCAACCGUGCUUUCACUUCCCCGCGAUCUAACCUGGUAUUAAUUUCCUCUUCCUCACUUUUUCCUAUCUUUUUUCUUCUUCUUUCUUCCAUUUUUAUCAGAAUUUCAAUCUUUACUUGCUCUCUAUUUUACGCAGUUUCCUAUAACUACGUAGUAACAUGUUAACCACAGAUUUAGAACUUGUAUUGUACGUGUAGAGUUUCAGAGUAGUUGGUUACAUUUUUGGGCAUGGCUGGUCAAAGUGAAACCCUAGAUAAUUCUAUAGACAUGGAGGAAUCUUUGAUUGGGGUAUUGGGUUGUGAUUUGGGGGCACGUGAAGGUGAAUUGAAUGAUGAUUUGGGUUUUGAUGGAUCAAUUAAGGAGGGUAAAGAUUUGAAUCCUGUUACUGAAGGAGUUUUAGGGUUUGAGGAUUCUCAAAAUAUUGAGUUGGGUGGAAAUGAAGCAGCUUUGAAAACAUUGGAUGAGAAGAAGGAGGUGGUUAGUGAAAUAUUGGAGAAAGAAGUGGUGAUGAGUGAUGUUGUUGAGGUUGAGUUAGAUGAAGGGAAAGUUGGAAUUUAUGAGAAGAUUGAUGAUUCGCAUGAAGAGCAAGAAUUUUGUGAUGCUGAUGAGGUAAAAGUCGUAAAGCAUGUCUCUGUGAAGAGUUCGGGAAAAAGUUAUCAGGCAAGGUAUCAGCUGCCGGCAGAAAAAGAAGGGAAGUUUUCUAUGAAUGAUUUGGUUUGGGGAAAGGUUAGAAGUCACCCGUGGUGGCCGGGACAAAUAUUUGAUCCAUUGGAUUCAUCUGCGGAGGCAAUGAAGCAUUUUAAAAAGAAUCGCUAUUUGGUAGCGUAUUAUGGGGAUGGAACAUAUGCCUGGAAUGAAGCGUCUAAGUUGAAGUCGUUUAUGUCACAUUUCUCUUAUAUUGAAAAGAAUAAAAGUUCGGAAGUAUUCCGGAGUGCUGUAGAUUAUGCUUUGGAUGAAGUCAAAAGACGAGUAGAAUUUGGGCUGGCAUGUUCUUGCAUACCGAAAGAUACUUAUGAGAAGAUUAAACACCAGAUUAUUGAAAACUGUGGGAUUCAACAAGAGCCAAAUUUCAUAAACAGAGUUGAUGAAUCUUUAAGUGUUAGCUCCUUUUUACCUGAGAAGCUUAUGCAAUACUUGAAAGAUUUAUCCAAGUUUCCAACGGGAGGCUUUGAUCGGUUGGAGCUUUUAAUAGCUAAGGCUCAGUUACUUGCAUUCUAUCGUUUAAAGGGUUACUCUUACUUGCCUGAAUUCCAAUAUUUCAGAGGUUUGGACAACGACAUCAACCUUUCAAUUAACGAUACUGAUAAAAGAUUGAGUGAAGUUAAUGAGCACACAAUUCAUGUGGGUAGAAUUGGCGAUCAAACUGGUACUAGAGAUUCAAAAGCCGCAAACCGAUCCCGUCGCAAGCGUAAACAUAAUCUAAAGGAUGAUGUCUAUCCAGCAAAAAGGAAAAGCUUGUUAGAACGAGCAAGUGUAACUCCAGAUUCUACCCAUCGUGAUUAUCAGAAUGACGAGGCCAUUGCUAAUCUGACUUACCCUGUCCUUUCCAAGAAGCGGAAGACUAUUAAUCAUUACGCUGGUGUCUCGGCAAUGAAAGGCAGAAAAAAAACUAUUUCCCUUGAAAAAAGUUCAAACACCACAGUACAAUCAUUUAAAAUCGGUGAAUGUAUCCGUAGGGUUGCUAGCCAACUUACCGGGCCUCCAUCUUUAUUGAAAUGUUCUGGGAACAGGUCUCAGAUGAAAGCUGUAAAUGCAGAUAGUUUUUCAGGAAAUGAAUCUGAUUCCUUCUCUCCGAAUCUUGAGGAGACUCAAAAGUCAAGCUUGACUAUUCCUACAGAGGUUUCAUCUCUAGAUGAUUUGCUAUCUUUACUUCAGCGUGUAGCACAAAAACCACAGGGGGAUUAUAGUUUAUUGAAUGUUAUAGUGAGUUUCUUCUCUGAUUUUAGGAAUUCAGUCGUAAUGGCCGACAAUUCCGAGAAAGAAAUCUUACCUACAAAUGAAGUUGGCACUAUAAGGAAGAAACAACCCGUAGGUGGAUCUCCGAAAACAUUUGAUGCUGAUGAUCUGAAUGACACACAUUGCAUCCUGAAUGGUUCUGAAGAACAACAAUCACAGAGAAGCAGCAGACUUGACCAUCAGCAGCAUGCCCUCUCUGAACCAGAAAAACCUGUUCAUGUGUAUAACCGUAGGUCAUAUUCCAGGAAACAAUGUUUUGAUAGCAACCAUGCUGAGGUUCCUGAAAAACCUUCUGGUUAUAUAAAUGAGAAAUCCCCAGCUGAACUUGUUUUGAACUUUGCUGAGUUGGAUUCUGUUCUCUCAGAAACAAGCCUAAAUAAUGUUUUUAAGCAUUUUGGACCUCUAAAGGAAUCUGAAACAGAAAUCGAUAGAGGAAGUAGCCGGGCAAGAGUGGUUUUCAAGAAGUGUGCUGAUGCGGAGGCUGCUUUCAGUAGUGUUAAAAAGUUCAACAUAUUUGGACGAAGUCAUGUAGAUUACCAGCUUAACUACUCACCAAGUGCAUUUUUGAAAACUGCAUCUUUUUCCACAAUGCCAGAUGAGGAAAUGUAUCUUAAUCUUUCCAAUGUUGAGCUUAAUAUGGCCUGAAUCAUUUGGUCAUGAAUAUUUUAGUGCCAAUAUUGCUCUUACGAAGGCAUAUUGGUUGAAGAGCUGGAGGAUGUUCAAAAACCCCUACGUUUUUUAAUCCAGCCAUGACAAAAGGAAAUAAGUGUCUGCCAACAGUAUGAGACUACUAAAGAAAGAACUUCGGAAGAAAGCUAGGUACUGGUUUUUGGUAUCAUUAAAGCCAAAAAUCACGUUAAUUAAAUUUGUCCAAAUAAUAAUACCUUGUUUUCUUUCAAAAUCAUUUCUUUAGUAGUCUCGAUGCUGGUCACUUUAAAUGCAAUCUUCUAUCAAAAACAAAUUACAUUUGCAAUUCUCAUUGUAGGGAGUGCUGAAAACGUCGUGGCAUCAUAUAUAUAUAACUGAAUAUUUGGCAAAACCAGUUUAUUACUCAAUGGGUACCAAAUGAGGUAACCAGAAUGUUGAUUCAUCUGGCCAUCCAUUAUUCUUUAUAGAUUUCCUUUUGGUAGUAGGAUGCAUCAUGUUACGCAUUGCGAUAGUUUUACUAAUUUCCUACUCCUUAUUGUAGUUGCCAUCUACAGAUUCUUUGUGAACUCUUUAGUCUGUAUCUAUUCUCUUUAGUGGUUUAGAGGUUAGCACUAUUCAUAUAUUUAGGGUUACUAACUAUGCUUCAGAAAUUUGUAUGUGCAAAAAUAUGUUAAUUAGACCGUUUGAUGUCUUCA